AUGGAUAGAAGUAAGAUAAUAAGUGUACUGACCAGUCGAACGGUUCAACAAAGGCAGGAAAUCGCGAGGGCUUAUAAGGCCGCUUAUGGCAAGGAUCUGCAAGGAAAGCUGCGAAGACAACUCAGCGGUGACAUCCGCCUGGCCGUGCUCUACUCCUUUUACGACAAGGCUCAUGUGAACGCAAAGGCCUGUUACAAGGCGAUACGAGGUGCGGGCACCGAUGAGCAGGUGUUGAUUGACGUGAUCUGCACAUCGGAUAACGCUGAAAUUCACAGCCUCAAGAGAGCUUAUCAUGACAUUUUGCUGGAGGAGGGGCAAAACGAUCGCUUACAAAAGCAUGUGUUCCAACACUUAGCUGUAAAACGCAACCUCGAGACUGACGUGAAGGCUGAUGUGAGGGGAGAUUUGGAAUUCGUGCUGGUGGCUUUGCUGCAGGGAAAGCGUGAGACCUCAUUUAACCAGGCUCAGGUGAACGAGGACACCGAGGCCCUCUACAGUGGUGGUGAGAAAAAAGUAGGAACAGACGAAUCCUUGUUCACGCGGAUCUUAGUUACGCGAAGUUUCAAGUCACUCCGUGCCAUCAAUGAAGCCUAUAAAAAGCUGGCUGGUCAUGAUUUGCUGAAGGCGAUCGAAAAGGAAACCUCAGGAGACUACAUGCGAGCCCUCAUCACGAUAGUCAAAACGGCCAUUAACAAGAACGAAUGCAUCGCUGACAUUUUGUACAACUCCAUGGCAGGAGCCGGCACCCAUGACGAUAACCUGAUUCGAGUUAUAAUGGCCUACUCGGAGGCAAGUUUACAGUUUUACGCACAAGGUUUAGAAGUUGCACAUCGCGAGAAGAACGCGGCUGCCUCUGCAACAUCUCGACAGCAGACGUGUGUACGAGUGCGUGCACGAGUAAUGGCCACUGUGCAUCCAGCUGCCAAUUUCAAUGCUCACGCAGAUGCCGAGACUUUGUACAAUGCUAUGAAAGGAUUAGGAACUGAUGAAGAUGUCAUCAUCGAGGUCUUGUCGCAUCGCUCAUUGGAACAAAGGCAAGCCAUCGAAACGACAUUCAAAUCUAUCUAUGGAAUGGAUCUCAAAGAAACCCUUCACAAGGAACUGAGUGGCUAUUUCCGUUUGGCCGUUCACUAUUCGUUCUACGACAUGGCGCAUGUCAACGCCCUUGCGCUCUAUCGGGCCAUGAAGGGACUGGGCACCGAUGAGACCGUCUUGAUUGAUGUCAUAUGCUCGUGCACAAAUAAGGAAAUUCAUGAGCUGAGGGAAGCCUACAACGACAGUAAGUUAUGUGAUGUUAUUCGCUUUGCAUCAAAGAAACUUUUCUUUCCUCGAAAUCAGGCGAAUUUUAUGCAUUUCUUCUGCCCAUCCGCUAGUCGUUUCAGCCAUUGCCUAACUGCUACAAUUCGACAUUUUCAGUUCUCAAAGAAAAACGCCAAAAUCUUUGGCAUCACACGUUUUGACAAGAAGCCUAGCUCUGCUGUUUCCUUUCCUCCAGUUGCCAGAAGAUCGCUGGAACAGGAUGUUAUUCAUGAUGCCAGCGGUGAUUUUGAGCGUGUGCUGGUUGCAAUGCUGCAGGGAAAACGUAGGGAAAAGUUCGACAAGGAUGAUGUCGUAAAGGACUGCGAAUCUCUCUACCAAGCUGGAGAGGCUAAAUUUGGGACUGAUGAGGCAACCUUCACAAAGGUUUUUGUGAACUGUCCAUGGGAAGAAAUCGUGGGUAUUGCAGCGUUCUACCUUGAAGCUGUUGGAAACGACCUCUUCACCACAAUUGAGAAAGAAACCUCCGGAGACUACCGAGAAGCUCUCCUUGCCUUACUGAAGACUGCGUUGAACAGGAAACGGUUCUACGCAGAGGUGCUUUACCAAUCCAUGAAGGGAAUCGGCACGCAUGAUGAGAAUCUCGUGCGCAUGAUCAUGGCACACUGCAAUACCGAUUUGGCCGACAUUAAGCAGGAGUUUUUCGAAAUGUAUGAUAUAAGUCUGGAGGAUAUGGUCAGAGGAGACACCUCUGGCGACCAAAGAAAGUUCCUUUUAGCAAUCUUCGACAUGCGUCACAACCAUCCAGUUACCUCAGAAUCUGCCCAGCUCUACCCCAGAAAUCGCCGUCUAGAUAAACAUGAACAGGAAGCGGUUGACGAACUCUUACGGCUUCCCUACGAUAGUAGCAUUGUUUUGGAUAUAAUCAAAAAGCAAUUCGGAAAGGUAUGCACGAAAACGGAUCUUAAGAAUAUGCGGAGUCGAUUAAAGAAAACGAGUAAUACUAAUCAGGUGCCCUUCAUUGGUGAAGAAAAACACCGUAUUAAUCGUGAAGAACAGCUAAAUCCAAUAUUCCGAGAGAUCAGAGAUAUUGCAGACGUCUGCAACGAUGAAUUAUUCACGCAGAAUAUGUCAGCGCUUAAAUGCGUCAUUGCCGCCUGGAGGCAGGGUAAGGUCGCGAUCAUCUCCGAGGCGGGAGAUGGCCCCGGCCCAAACUCCUCAUACCAGAAUGUCUUUCCUGAUGAUGCGAACGAAAUACUUAUCGAGUACAACUCACCAAGCCCUUAUCUGAUGUCAAACGAUGCGCAAUAA